AGGUAAUUGAAACCAACCCUAAGCUCUUUUUAUCUCUGCCCUAAAGGUAGCCCCGAUUAUUGCUGACUUAAGCAUCGGAGUGUCUACCCCGAAUUCCACCUCGGGGCUUUGCAGGUUACUUCGGAAUACAAGCGCAGACUGAAGAAGGACGUCGGGUUUGGUGCAAUUACAUGUUCCUAACCCAAUUUUCACAAUUUUUGUUCCUAACCUUCUUUUCACAAUUUUUGUUCCAAUAGUUUUACAGUCUCAAGAAUUUUGCUUCAUAACUGCUGUAUUCCAUUUUUGCAGUUUUCAAAAUAAUAAACUUAAUCCUUGUCCUUCUUCUCCACCUUCUCCCAUCGUACCUGUGCCCUCUUCUUCAGGUUACUUCGGAAUACAAGCGCAGACUGAAGAAGGACUUCGGGUUUGGUGCAAUUACAUUGGCGCCGUCUGUGGGAAACGAACUGAAAGCUUUCUAGUUGCUCUUCCAUCAUGGUUCACACUCGAUCAGUCCGACCUGGCAAUUCAUCUCUGCCUCAUGGGCAAGGUCAACCACACAACAACCUUCCACCUCCGAUCCCACCUCAAACCCUACCUCAGCUUCCACCUCAGGUCCCAACCAUAUUCCCUCCUGCUGAUCAUGCAGAAGAAGGAGAUGAAAACCAACCUCAUGCCUCAGCUCACAAUUCUACUUCCACUGCCAACCAAGACGUGGUGACAGCUCAGCUUGUUGUCAUGCAGCAGCAGUUUGGUGUUUUUCAGUUAGUACUAGCUCAACUUCUAGCUAGAAAUAAUCCUGGUGAUCCCCUCAUUAAUUUAUUAAACCCCACCCAACAACCCCCAGUUCCACAACAAAACCCCCAACCAGUUCAACCUACUCUCGUUGUUAGUGAAUCCCAAGGUCAAUCCCACAUCGCACCUGCUCAACAACCCAUCCCAGAUGAUGUCACCCGACGCCUCGAUAGCUUGGAAAAGCUAGUAGCUGAACACCGAGGUGCUCCACCCCCACACCAUGCUGCUGAUUCUAUACCUCACCCUUUGAAUACCAACAUCACACUGGAACCCUAUCCUACUGGCUUCAAAAUACCACAACUGGAGACUUAUGAUGGGACGAAGGAUCCCGAUGAUCACCUGCAUGCUUUCUACUCUUGCAUGCAAGCUCAGAACGCCUCUGACGCGUUGAUGUGCAAAAUCUUCCCCUCUACUCUACGAGGUAAUGCUCGAACUUGGUAUUAUAGUCGACCCCCGAGGUCAAUUAGCUCUUACACAGAGAUGGCAUCUGCAUUUGCCACUAAGUUUUCCAAUAGAAGGUUGAUUAGGAAAACUACCACUGAAUUGAUGCGAGUUAAACAAAGGGACGGAGAGUCUCUAAAGAACUACAUGAGCAGGUUUAAUGAUGCGGUGUUGGAGGUUAGUUCCUUCGACCAAGCUGUGGGUAUUGCAGCUGUAAUUUCUGGUCUCAAGCAUGACAGGUUCAGAGACAGUUUGAUCAAACAUGCUGCCACUACCUUCAGCGAGGUGAAUGAUAGGUCUCUCAAAUUUAUAACUGCUGAGGAAUACGCCCUGGCACAAAACCCACAUUCCUCUAAGAACCAGAACCCAGAAUGGAGAGAUGACAAUCCGAGCCGGAAAAGGAUGAGGAUGGCGCAGAAUCGAGGUCCGAUGUUGACCUCCCCAACGAGAUUCGGAAGGACGAACUCAGCUCCCCCGCAACAACCUGCAGGUAAACCUCCAGUUAAUUGCAUUCCCUUUAAUCUGCCGAGGUCACAAAUUUUUAUGUAGAUAAAAAAUAAGAUGGACUUGAGACG